GUUCGAGCCGCUUGAGCGAAGUGAAAAAGAACACCACCAAAGCCCAAAGAGCGCUGCUCUCUCGUCGUCAGUCGCAUUUCAGACCCGCAAAUUGAAAGGACGGAUUUUGGUGGUCGUUCCCGAAACGUACCCAAUUUUCCCAUUUUGGACAAGUUUCUGGGAAGUGUUGCUGAAAAAGUGUUUUGCACUUUUAGUACGAAUUGCAAACGUCAAAGUCGAAAGAGAAAUUUACAAGUGUUCAAAAGAAAAUUUAUGCUGCAUUUGGAGAUUGAAAGCAGUGCUUUUAUCCAAUUUUUUCUUCACUUCGAAAUAAGGUCAAUAGACGUGAGAGAUUCUGACAGCAUAAUAUACUGAAAAAAAAAGGUUUCUCCGGCAUUUUUUCCUCGAUUCAACAAAUAAAAAGAACUUGUGAAGUGAUUUUUGUAUUCUAUACACUACCAAAUUAAAAACUCAUAAAUAGACACUAAUCACGGCAAAUUCUUUUUUCAGAAACAAAAAAAAAAUUGUUUUAUUCCGAAAAGACAUUUUAUCAGUGACACAAAGUUCUGACGAAAAAAAAAAAGCAAAAAACCGCCAAAAGAAUCCUGCAAGAUUGCGGAAAAAGAGACAGAAGCAUUAGAAUUUUGCAAAAAUUGAGAAAAUAUUCUUUAUAAAAACUGGGUGGAAGAGACACAUUUCUCAUCACUUUAGGCGGCAAAAUCCUUGAUAUGCCUAGUAAAGUGACGACAAUUGCAGUGAAUGAUAAAAAGUGCAAAUCCAGAGUGAAAAUUCAUUGUACAUUUAUCAACAAACAAGUGACUAAUAGUUGCAAAAUAGUUCGAAGGAUUUACUAAAAAACAAAAUAAGUGACAUUUUAUAAAGAAACAAAAAACAUCGCUGCUGUGAACUUAGAUUGCAGCACAAAAAAAAGACAAAGUUUUAUUUUCAAAAUUUUAUUUUAUUUUUUUUUAAUUUUGAAAACUUAUUUUAUCCCAAAAGAUUUUUUUUCUGGGAAAAGUGAAAAAAUCUUCUGAAUUCUGUGCAUCUCUACCUGUAAAAGAAAAUAUCUGGACAUAUUUUAUUGGAACAUUAAAUCAGGACAUUUCAAAGCGAACGAAACGGUUUCAUUGGUGUUUUUGAAGCACACGUACAAUUUUGGACUACAAUAUUUCAGAGAAGAUUCUCUUUUGCAAAGAUAUGCCCGUAAAAGUAGAAAUGAUGGACGAUAUGGAGUUUACACCAUCUUAUCAAUCCCCGGAAUUUGAGUGGGAAUACAAUGUCUUGGAUCUGCCAUCAUCGGAGUUUAUGGCUUCGGUGGAGGAUGCAGAAGGUCUAUUCCUUGGUUUGUCAGAUAUAUGCCCACUGAGACCGCCAUCGCCACUUUUGUCACAGUCCUUGAAGCAUCAGUUGCUCCAUAAUCAUGACUGUAUGUGGAGCGGACAGUGUGGUGAUCAUUCGGAUAAGACAAAAUGCCCUGGCAAUCACGGGCCACCAUCACCUAUACUCAAUGGUGAUCCAAUAAUGUCGAGUGGGGUGGAUAAGCCCAAGUCACUGAUUAAGAAUACAACAUCUCACAAUAUCCCAGCUGGGGGAUCACUCCUGCGCUACAAUCAGCAGAAUAAGAAGAACCCCAUGCUGUCAAAUACCGGGCGGGUGGCUGUUAAGAAGCAAUGUGACAUCCUAAGACCCGAUACACCCCUAAGUCUCGAUAGCGAUCCACCGGAAUUUAAGCAUUCAUUCGACUUAGCUGCAUGCACAGUGGGUUCGAACAAGUGGAAUCUCUCAAAUACCGAUGAUGAUGCCAAGAUUAUUACAAUGCUUAAGGAACACCUCGAGGAUGCAUCUGAUGGGAAGAAUGACAAUUUUAAAGCAUUAAUGGGGACAUACAGAUCAAAUUCCCUAUCUGACCUACUAACAGACAUUAAGACACUGUCCGACUACGAGGAGGAGGACGAGGCUGAAGAUAGUGCCAUAGAUACGGAUCACGAUGACAUUGUUGCAUCACUUAGUCGCCAGGAAUCGUGUAGUGUGUCACCACAAAUGGUCUCAUCGCCAAUAUCAUCCUCACAGUCGUCAAUGUCGAGUACGGGAUCCCACACAGCAGGUGCAACGACUGGAUGCGUUGAGGCUCACAGCGAUCAUUGCUACACACGAAGUAUUGAUCUCAGCGGAUUGGGCGUUCAGACACCUUCCGAUUCCGAAGAGGAAAUCGAUGUUGUUUCCGUAGGCGAUAAGACAUUACCAACGAAUCCAAGUGCAAGGGAUCGACGCACGAUACAGACCACAAUAUCGGACAGAAUAGUUAAGACAACUCCGAGGGGUUUGAAGACAAUUCCACCAAGGAGGAUUGCACCUGACACACAUGGACAUAUGACGGGACGAACGAAAAUGUCGCAUUCCGUGUCUGCCAGCCCGUAUGUGCAUACAUCGAGGAAUAGUGGGUACAAGGGGCAGACUGUACGGAAGGGCAAAAAUGACACUGGACGCAAGAGGUCAGGCUCAAAAUUGGAUGGGCCUGCCUCGAAGAAGCACAAAGGCAAGAAGGGUCGUGUGUCAAAUACAAAAAGUGCCCGUGCUAGCGAUAUUUGUGAGCAAGAUUCAAUUGAAAAGAGGAAUUUGCACAAUGAUAUGGAACGUCAGAGGCGGAUAGGGUUGAAAAAUUUGUUCGAGGCCCUUAAAGCGCAAAUUCCAAGUCUCAGGGACAAUGAGAGGGCACCAAAAGUUAAUAUUCUGCGCGAAGCCUCAAUACUGUGCACACAACUCCACAAUGAGAGUGAACGAUUGAAUAACCUCAAGAGACACCAUGCUAAUAUCCAAAAUCGCCUAAAAGUCAUCCGGGGGCAUCUCACAUCCAGCAAUGUACCAGUCCCCGAGUAUGCAUAUUAAGGACCUUUUAAAAGCUCUUAGGAAUGACGUAGACAAAAGGAGUUGAGAAAAAAAAAUUAAACCAUAUCUAUUAUAUGGUUUUAAACCACGUUUUACGAAACGUUCUAUUGAUCUCUUUACAUAGUUUAUAAGGAAAAAUAAGCAAAAUGGUAGAAAGAAAAAUGGUUUGGUUGUAAAUAUAAUGAUAGUAUUUUUGAAAUUGAAAAAAAAUUAAUGAAAGUUUUGAUUCUUUAAAGAAAAACUAAUAAUAUAAGAAAUAUAUAAAAAAUAUUUAAAUUCAUUAUAGGAAAGAAAAAAAUAUUAAAUCAUGCUAUUUAGAUUUUUAGACUGUAGGACAACAAAUUUGCAAGAAAAAGAAAGGAAAUCCUUUCUGAUUUUUUUUUUUGAAAUCAUAGACAGAAAAAACGUAAUGAAAAUGCACAAAAUGCAAAUUUUUUUAAACAUGAUAUUUAGAAUUGAUAUUUGUGUCCAAAGUAUCAUUACUUUUUUUUUAUCUACAACUUUGAAUACUUUUUAUGGGAAGUUUUUUUUUAAUGCAAAAAAGGAACGUGAUGAAUUAUUUUUAGAUAGGACAAGUUUUUUUAAAACAAUUUUGAUGCGCUAGAUGGAAAAAAAAUAUUAAAAAGAAAAAGCUUGGACACAAAUUAAUAGCAGUGCCAAUGUGAGAGAACAUUUCUUUCUAAAUAAUAAUUUUAUAAUGUAAAAAAAUGAAACUAAUUAUUGUUCUUUACACUAAAAAAAAUGCAAAGAAGCUCUUUUUCUAUUGAAAAAAAAAAUGCAAAACCAUAUUAAAUAUUUAAAGAACUUUACACAUUUACUUAUGGGAAAAAAUGGUUAGCCUAUUUCCCUGCUAAAUACAUAUUCAAAAUAUUAUAUUAAAAAAGACAAAUAUGCAAAGUAAGAAGAUAUAAAAAAUCUAUAUAAAAGGAACUAUAUAAGUGUAAAAUGAAGUAUAUAUAUUUUGUAAAUAUUUCUUAGAUAGGAACUUAAAAAUUAAAUUGAUAGAUAUUUUCUUCUUUUUACAAUUUGAAAGUGGAUUUAUAUAUAUAAAAAAGAAAAUAGCAGAUUUGUAAAAGAUGUAUACAUAUUUUUUCAUGAUACAGAAAGAAUGAUAUAUAUAGAAUUCCUUUUAAAUUUAGAAAACAAAAAGAAGGAAAAGUUUAAUAAAUAGGCAUUUUUGAGGAAUGAAGUAAUAAAAUAAUACAUAUUAUGCAAAAGUGAUUGAAAAAUUAAAAUUUGGUAGUAUGAAGUAAUAAUGUACAUUUGCUAUGGUGGACUAUCACAACAACAUUUUUUUUUAUUAAAUAUAAUGAAAACAUUUAAAGUCAUUGUAAAUUAGAAAAAAAAAGAAGAAAAGAAUUAUUAAUAACGAAAUAUGUUCUAAAACAAAAUUUAAAAAAAACAAGAUGUAUAUUUAACUAGGGCAUAGGGAAUUUUUCCAAAAAGAAAAAUGCAGAUUAAUGAAUUCAAGAUGCAUUUAAUUUUUUUUUAGUUAAUGUGCAUAUUUUUAGUAAGUUGUUAGUUUAUAUUGAAAAAAAAAGCAGAAAAAAUAACUUCAUUUUUUUUUUAAAUAAUUUGAAAAUAAUUUUAUAUCAGAGUGUGACAAUCGAGUCACUAUUAUUUUCUUUAUUUUAUUUUUAUUUUUUGCUUUAUAUAUUUUGAAAAAUUGUGCUACCAAAUAUAAGAUUUAUAAUUUUAAUAACAGAAAAGGUGAAAUUUUUAAAAAGAACAUUACAGUAAAAUAAAUCUAAAUUAAAUUACAUAUUGCAAUUUUGAUGAAAGAUAUUAUAUCAUUACAGAACACAAGAAUUAAAAAAUACACGUAGUUUGUAUUUUAUUAACAAAAUAAUGAAGAGAAAAAAUAUUUUGAAUAGUGAUAGAAUUUGAAGAAAAAAAAAUACAUUUUACAUUGGAAUUAAUAAUGAAGAAUAUUGAAGAUGAAAUUCUAUAAUUAUAAUGUAUAAAGAAAUAUUAGAAUAUUCAAAUUGUGAAUUCUCUAUUAGUUUUCAUUUUCUACCUUUUCUUUUUUUAUUUUUUGGCUUUUAUAUUACUUCACAAUUACAAUAGGUGCCACGUGAAUUUUUUUUUGUAAUAAAUUGUUUUGCAUUUGGCAUGAAAAUUAUUCUUUUAUUAAUUUUUGGUUUUUCAUUAUUGCUGUUGGAAAUACACAAAAAAGAGAAAUUAAGUUAGUUUUUUUUCACAUUUCAUUUUAUUGCAAGUUUCCCAAUUUUAGACACUAUUAGUUUUCAUUUGUAUUGAACGCUAAAAAAAAACGUUUUUUUUCCUUUACUAAUAGGUAGGUGACGAAAUUUAAAAGAGUUGAAUUUUAUUGUGAUUUUUUUUUAUUAUUCAUUAAAUUUACUUAGAUUUUUUUUAUUUCAAUUAACUUUAGAUAAUAGUAAAAGAAAAAUGUAGAUUUACAUAAAGGUGUUUCUUCUUAUUAAUUAGCUAAAAAACAUUAUGAAAAAUAUGAAAUACUUCAACGAGUAUUUUGUAUUUUUUGGAGUUUUCUUUUUUCUUUAAUUUUAAGUAGGAAUUUUAAUUUUUUUCUAAUUGUAAUAGAAAUUCUAUGAAAAUAAAAAAAAAUACUUGAGAAAAAAAUAGAUGAUGAAAUAAUGCAAUUUUAAAGUAAUAACAGAAACCAAAAAUAAAGAAAUUUAGGACUUUUAUGGUAAACGCUGUUUCGUGGUGAAAAAACAACAAAAAUUACAAAAAGAAAAAUAAAACAUAAAUGAGUUUGAGAAUAAAAAUUGGGACCAAAUUUUAUUUAGUUUGCCUGGGAUAUGGGAAUUUUAUCCGAAAAAAAACUGAAAUACAUAAAAUGCAAUAGAUUACGCUUAAAGGAUUCUUCCGCAACGUUCCUUCUUUUACAUCCAAUCAGACACAAAAAAAAACACAUAAAAACUGCAACAUAGAGAAUUGCAUUUGUUUUUCCUAGUAUAGAGCAACGAUACAUGCGUUUUACCAUAAGUGGAUAAAAAAUAAGAUGCAACAUUUAAUGAAAAAAAAAAAGUUAAUUAAACCCCACACGUUUUAAUUGGCGACAAAAAAGUGUUAAUAAGAUUUAUAGAGGAGUAUAUAAGUAGAUUUUUUAAUACCGAUAAAAUAGUAAUUUGCAAGAAAAAAUUUUUUUUAAAGACAAAAACAAAACGAAUUGAAACUCAAAAAAUACGAAAUAGAAUAUGCAACCAUGUGCCGUGUUUAAUAAAAUAAAAAAAAAGAAAAGAAUACUGCCUCGCUUUAUUCAGCAAAGUAAAGGAAACAAAUAAAAAAAUAUUGUUAUUAAUGAAAAAAAAAAACGAAAGACAUUUUUAAAAUCCAAACACUUUUCCUCAUUGGCCCCAUACAGCACAAUAAGAAAAAACACAAAAAAAGUAAAUAAAAAAGAAGAAAAUUAAAGACGCUAAAGAAACUGCGAAAGAUUGAACAAUUAAGAAUGAAAAGAAAAAUCUUAAGAAUACACAUCUGUUAUCAAAAGUACCUGGAAUUAUUAACUAAUUUAGUGUAUAACAUUUAAUAUGUUUUUUUUAUCAUUAUUAAACAUAAGAAUAUACAAUGCAAAGUAUGUUUAGAUUAGCAUUUCUUUUUCUAAUUAAAACUAAAUUCUCAUUACAGAGAAAACUACAUUUAAGGAAAAAAUAUUAAACAAAAAAAUAUUUAAAAAUAAAAAAAAUCAUGUUAAAAGAAUAAAGGAAAAAACAUAGUGCAGGCUUAACACUAAAAUUCUUGUCGCCAAUUAAUUGACAAAAAAAAUUCUGCUUUUGACAAAGGAAAAUGUGUAUAAAAAAAUGGAUAAUUGACAGAUAAUACAAAAAAUAAAAAAAAAAGUUUUUUGCAAAGGAGAGAGGUGUCGAAUGAAAAAAAAAAUUGUAAACUUGACUCUUUUUUAAAACAAGAAAAAUGUUAUGGUUAUAAAAAACAAUAUAAUACAAUAUAUUUACUUAUUUUAUAUUUUUUCAAAACAUUUAUAUAUAUAU